AUGGACCCUGAGACCUGUCCCUGCCCUACUGGUGGCUCCUGCACCUGCGCUGGUUCCUGCAAGUGCGAGGGAUGCAAAUGCAACCCCUGCGAGAAGAGCUGCUGCUCCUGCUGCCCUGCUGAGUGCGAGAAAUGUGCCAAGGACUGUGUGUGCAAAGGCGAUGAGGGGGCCCAGGCAGAGGCGGAGAAGUGUAGCUGCUGCCAGUGA